UCGUUUGAAUUGAAUCCCAUCAAGAAUCGUUUAUCAGUUAAUUAGUAAUCGGCGCAAAAUACGUAAAUAUAGGAACAAUAAUUUGUAGUAAAUUAUUUCUAUUUCCAUUUUUCACUUUUCAGCAAACAUUAAAGUAUUGAAUCAUUAAUCAUGUCAUUUGAAAAUCUAGCCAAAGAUCUGUCUGUUGUUUCGGGAUUAGAGUUAUUGAACAAUAUCGAUGACAAGAAGUUUGUUCGUUUGGUUGAUAGGAUGAUACAAGAUUUUGAACCCAAUCGAUUAUCUUCGUUUUCUGAACAUGAACUAGCAUCCAUGGAGAAAUCAUUAAAGUUAAACAGUAAUCAAUGUCAGUGUUUACUGAAUUGUUUAAAUCAAUUACUGAAAGAAGUUAUAAGUGAUGUGACAAAACCUUUGAUACUAAAAAAUGUGUUGUCUAAUCUAUUUUUGUUGAAUGAAAAAAAAGUUGAAUUAUUUUGUGAAUGUUGGUCUACAAAUGCUGAACAAGUUGUGUCUAGGCUUCAACAAAACUUAACUCAUUCAUACAGGUUAAAGGAUGUAAAUUGGGCUUUGAAUAUUUCAUCAAAUGUUGGAAUUGAAUUAUCUGAUCCAGAACCUCGGUGUUUAAUAGAGCUGAAAAUUGAAGAUAGCCAAUAUCACAAUGGACCCAAAAUCAAAGAAAUUAAUUUGGAUUUAGAUGAAAAGGAGUUGAAGAAGUUCUAUGAUACAUUAGAAACAAUUCAAGUAAAAUUAGAUUCAAUUUCACAUCAAUAAGUAUGAUUAAUUAGGAUAUAUUAUUAAAUAUAUUUUAUUUAUUUGCUAUUUAACACUUUGUUAAAGUAUAGAUCUUUUAUGCAAAUUAGGCCAUAGUUUAUGUAAUUUGUUA